AAAAUGUUUGUCACAUUUGGUUUUCUGUUGAUGAUCAGAGUCGGACACUCCACAGAUGAUCAGACAUUUGAGACAAAGCCUGUUGCUGCUCAACAAAAUGUGACCCUGGAAUGUCCUCGAGAGAAACUUCUGAAUUCUGAGAAGCUGUACUGGAUCAGAAUCAUUUCUGGUCACCAGCCUGAACUCUUGGGAAGAACAACGGUCCUUGAUGAUGAACGAGUUCAUAAAACUCCUCAUUUUACAACCAAACAAGAAAAUGAAAUUUUUAUUCUGCACAUUCACCAAACUCAGAUCAAUGACACUGGACUUUACUACUGCAUACGGACCAGCUGGGUCAGCAUAACCUUUUUGAGAGGAGUGUUUCUCAAUGUUGAAGGACCCCAAUCUUCCAUCUAUCGCAUCUUUCAAGCUCCUCCGUCUGCUGCGGUCCAUCCAGGAGAGUCGGUGUCUCUGCAGUGUUCGGUCCUCUCUGACUCUGAGAAGAAAACAUGUUCAGAAGAUUACAGAGUUCACUGGUUCAGAGCAGGAUCACAUCAAUCUCACCCCAGUUUCAUUUAUACUCAUGGAGGCAAUGCAGAGUGUGGAAACUCUUCACAGAAAUGUUUCUAUAACUUCUCUAAGAAGGUCAGUGUCUCUGAUGCUGGUACUUAUUACUGUGCUGUGGCUGCAUGUGGAGAGGUCAUGUUUGGAAUUGGAACAAAAGUAGACAUUAAAAAUUGGAAUCACACAGAAAUAGCUCUUUGUAUUGUCUGUGCUGCUUUGGCUGCAAGUGUGACUGUUUCAGUCUAUCUCAUUUGGACCAUCAAGAAGAAGAAAUAUAACUGCGGUGCUGAACCAGCCAGCAGUGAUCAGCAGGUGAAGCCUCAGAUUGAAAUACAUGGAAAAGUUGUUGAUAUCAAAUAA